AUGACCGCGAUGCAAGUGGCGGUCCGAAAAUUGCGGCGAAAAUUCCUUAAAACCCAUUCAACUGUGUCACAAAUAUACAAUAAUGAAAACCUAAUUUAUGUGAAAUUUUUCAAAUUUUAUCGUUGUUACGACCUGAUCCCGGUCAGUGCCAAAUUAGUCGUCUUCGACACGCAGCUUGUCGUCAAAAAAGCCUUUUUCGCACUUCUCAGCAACGGUUCGUACCCUGGAAUGGGAGGCAUAGGUGAACUAUCA